AUGAAAGCCCUGAAGGAAGUCAAAUCAAACCUGCUGGCCACGGACAAAGAGCGCGGCGCCGCGGCUCGCUCUCCRGAGGAGGCGCCAGCCGGAGCAGGAGCUGGAGAAGCCGCCGCGCUGGGUGUCCCCAGGAGCCCUGUGUCCCACCUGCUCCGCUCGCAGGCGCACGCAGAGGCGCUCAGACCGAGCCCGGGUGGAAGAACAGUCGGCGCCCAGCUGGAGAGGAGCCCCAGGAGGCGCUGGCAGAAGGUGCUGUACAAGCGCCAGCCCUUCCCGGAUAACUAUGUGGACCAGCGGUUCCUGGAGGAGCUCCGCAAGAACAUCCAUGCCCGGCAGUACCAGUACUGGGCUGUGGUGUUUGAGUCGGGGGCUGUGGCGCAGCAGCUGUGCAGCGUGUGCRUCUUCGUCGUCACCUGGUGGUACAUGGACGCGGGCAUGCUGAGCCCGCACGGGCUCUUUGGGGCAGGCCUGGCCUCUUCCCUGCUUGGCUACGUCCUGUUCCACGUCAUCGAUGCCGGCGUCGGGAGGCAGAAGAGCRGGCGGACGUGGUGGGCAGACCUCAAGAGCACGGUCGUGUUCAUUGCCUUCACCUAUGGCUUUUCACCCGUGCUCAAGACGCUGACGGAGUCGAUCAGCACGGACACCAUCUAUGCCAUGUCGGCCUUCAUGCUCUUGGGCCACCUCAUCUUCUUCGACUACGGCGCUAACGCUGCCAUCGUCUCCAGCACGCUGUCCCUCAAUAUGGCCAUCUUUGCCUCUGUGUGCUUGGCRUCCCGCCUGCCUCGCUCCCUCCACGCCUUUGUCACGGUCACCUUCGCCAUGCAGAUCUUCGCCCUCUGGCCCAUGCUGCAGAAGAAGCUGAAAGCCCAGGCGCCCCGGUGCUACGUGGCGGUCACCGUGCUCUUUGCGCUCGCAGCGCUUGCAGGGCUCACGAGCAUUUCCAGCGUGGGCGCCGUUCUCUUCGCCUUGCUGCUGCUGUCCAUCUCCUGCCUCUGUCCCUACUGCCUCAUCCGGCUCCAGCUGUUCAAGGACAAUAUUCACGGGCCAUGGGAUGAGGCCGAGAUCAAGGAGGAUCUCUCCAGGUUCCUCAUGUAGGCCUAACUCUAAGAGGGAGGGGGAAAGGGACCCUUGGCUAUGAGCAAUACAGAGGAUCCUUUCUAAGAGACAGUCCCUGAAGCACUGAACGCCUUCCCCAAUAAAGCCUCUGGCACAGAAAUAGUG